GUCGAUUGUCAUUCGACCGGCAUGGUUUCGUCGAUUCCGUCUUUCUUAAGAGACCUCGUCGAGAAACGAAGUUCGCAGUUGUGUGCAAUAAAACACGCGGAUCAUAGUGCGAUCGAUCAGGACGAUCGACCUGGUUCGGGCGAGUGCCAAUCAGUUAUAUAUAAAGUGCAAACGAUGGAGAAGUUAAACGUGUUUGCUCAUUUCAAGAAAUACACGAUACGAAACGAUCGCGAUGCGACACUUUUGUUGAUGAAUAGUGCAGAAAACGGGGUGAAUUGUGCAUCAGACGAUUCUCGAUGCUCUCGUAUCCAGUCUAAGAAGGGACGCGAAAAGUCUCGAACAGGACUGCUAAGCAGAUUUUACUCUACGAUCCAGAUCUCGCAAUUGAUUACGAAGACAUCUCACGAGGAUCUUCCGAUAGACAUGUCUCGAGCCCCUCUUAUAACGCCUGAGAACAGUUUGCAAACCGCGGAUCGUUGCAACGUUGUGAUGCUUGAGGCUGGAUUGCCCGGUGAUUCGUGGACAUAUUGCGUCGAGCGAGAACAACUGGCCAGAAGAUCAGAAUGGUUUCGGGCGAUGCUCACAGGUCCGCUUGCACCACCACCAACGGAUUCACCGCCGUUAUUGCAGUUGCAACACGUUGACAAGCGAGCGUUUCAUCAUUUUCUCAGAUAUCUUCACGAUGAGCCCGUCAAUUUUAUAUCGGUGUCGACAGCUAGGGCUACACUCGACGCGGCUCAUCAGUAUCUUUGUCCGGGGCUGGCGCAACUCGCCGUGGAAUACCUGGAGAAUCAUCUAACACCAUCGACGGUACUUGAGAUUUAUCAGGGUCUAGGACUCUAUGCGAACGAUCAGAGAGAGGGGGAAGAAAGUUCCGGUUCGGAUAGAUCAUCAAACUCUCCGACCGUACCACUAUCGCCCGGGGAUGAUGCUGGUGCAAUAGCCGCUGUGUGUACUGAUCUUUUGCUCAAGUGCCUGUCUGUGAUUGACUCGAAUCCGGUGACGGUGCUAAACCAGGAACGUUUCGAAGAACUCAGCAUCCAGGAAGUUGCUGAACUAGCGUAUCGCGAUACUUUAAAUCUUGGCAGCGAGUGCAUCUUGUUUUCCGCGUUAGACAGGUGGGCCGCGGCUGAAUGUAGAAGACAAGGUAUCGAACCUCUUCCGAUCAACAAGAGGCUCGUGCUCUCGGAAGAUAUUUGCUUCAGUGUGCGAUAUCUCCUUAUGAACGAUCGGGAAUUCGUCAGUGGCCCUAUGGCGAGCGGUAUUCUGACUAACGAAGAGUGCGUGCAUAUCGUCUCCAAGAUACUGGGACAUCCCGAAAGCUCAAAAAAUGAUAGCCUUCGGAGUUCCACAGCUGUUCAUCCGUCCAGGUUGUCCAGUACACCCAGGAUCGGCAUAUAUAAACGCGAUGAAGACUGCAAUAUGUUGAGGCCGGGCAAAAAAGAACGACAGGAUAACCGAAAAAACAGAAGAAAGGAAUGUGCCAGUCAAGGGCAGAGAACAUGCGCUCGGAUUGGAAACUGCCUUAUACAAAUCCUAGCUUGCAUGUUUGAUUAAAAAAUGCUCGUCCUUGAUUAAUCGUAAAACUUUCAAAUCUCCCACCGAAAAAAAUAUUCUGUUAUCUUUUUAUAUUACUUUGUCUUUUCGGUUGCAAUCUCAGCUCGAGGAACCAAGAUAUAAGAUAAUGAAAAUUAAAAGCGUCGCAGAAGUUCAAAACAUGUUUGAUAAUCGUCUGAAAAACUAUAAAGUGACAUUUAGAUACUUAUUGGGUAAUCGAAUCCAAUAUCUAUAGAAGAUUGUCAGUAUAACUGCAUAAUUAAAGUAAAGUUUACAUAUGUUACAAGUUUUUUGUGAAAUCGGCUUUUCUACAAAAAAGCUUAGUCUUUUAAAGCGCCGAUUUUUUUUAGACUCACGUUUUAUUUUAAAAAACUAGGUUUUUUGUAAAAAGGUUGAAUUUAUAAAGAACCUGUAAUAUAUAUAAAUUUCGGGAAUUUAUAUUUUUAUUUUAAGAACUUCAGAGCGCUGCUUCGCAUAAAAAACAUUUCAUAGAUUUUCUUAUUAAUGUAAUUUUGUUGGAUACAGAAAGAGGUAAGCGAUUCCUAUUAUUACUGGAAUUUUGUUAAGAAUUAACUAGAAAUAUUAAAAUCGUGCAAAUCAUGAUACUUAGGCGAUAUUUUUAAAGCCGAUAGAGACUGAGAUAUAUCGAAAGAAACGUUUUAUAAUGUUUUUAGAGGCAUAUUUAGAGAUCUCUGGCUAAUUUUUAUUAAUAAGAUUAUAAGAUACUAUUUUAGAGAAAGAGAGUGAGAGAUCGGAUGUAUAUGCUGAUUCGUUAAAAUUUUCAAAUUAUGUAAAAAUUUAGAAUUGUUACGUAUCACUUCCAUUUUAAUAUUAUAAAAAUAUUUUGUCGUUUACACGUGUUUUGUUACCUUAGGAAAUAUCAAAUCUUCUCGCUUGCAGCUUUCGCAUAAGAUCUAUAAUUGCUAUAGACGAAAUCGCAAGAGAUUUUUGCUUUUACAAUUUAUAUAUAAAAUUCAUUUUCCAUAAUAUAUAUCUUAUAAAAAAACGAAAGAUUUCAAGCUUUUUAUUCAGUGAUCGAAAAGAAAAACUUAUUUCUAUAGAUAUAAAUUAUUAAUGGUCCAAAACUAGAAAAAUCUAUCUUUUUUAUAAACAUCUUUCCUAAAUACUUUUUGUAAAUUUGGCAUAUACAAAAGUAUGGGAGAAAAUAUUCAAUUGGCGCCGCUGCAAACGCAAAAAUCUGUUGAGUAUAAUCACGAUGUCUUCGUUGUGUUCAUAAUUGUUAUUCAGAGUAUAUGAUCUUUAAAUUAUUUAUAAUGAUGUGUAUAUAGAACCAUGGCUGGUCCGUGAGAAUAAGUGAUGUAUAAGAAUAUAUAAUAUCUUGUAAAUGGCGGAUCAAGAGUCACCAAGUCUUUAUCUAUUUUGAUAUCCGCCAUUAAUUUUUGAAAAUUUAUUUUUCUUAUUUAUCGAGUAUCUACAUUUUUCUUGAAAUAUCCAUAUAUCUAUUUAUUUUAUUAAACAAAAAUUGAGUAUUUUAAAUAAAAACAAAAACAAAAAGGUUUUUGAAAAUUGGAUGUAUCACUAAAUAUAUUAUAAAAAUGAGAAAGAUUAUUGUUUUAUAUUGAUAAGGAUUAGUAAAUUUUUAUAGCUGUAUAUAAGAGACAUUGCGCAUUCUCACGAUAUACGUAUCGUUGCCAUUUACGAUUAUAUUUUUUAGUUGAGUUUUUUAACAUAUCUAUAAUGAAUCUUGCGCUUUUAUCGUACAUGCUUCAAUAGAGCUACAGACUGAUCAUACGAUAAUGCUUAUAUUUAAAACUUCUGUGAUUGUUGAGAAAAAAUAGGGAAUCGAUUGAAACAAAAUAACUCGAACUGUUUUGAAUAUGUGUUCCAUAUUUAUAUUCUUAUCUAUAUCAGAUUUUGUCUAUUUAAAAUGCCGAUAUUUUUUUUAUUUUUGUGAAUCUAAUAAAAGCGUCAUUGUAUAUCUGAUGCAAGCACAACUCCAUAGUGAGAAUAAUAGUAUAAAAAAAUUAUCAGCACUAGUCAUACUGAUUUGUUUUUCCAAAUAAUUUAGUUACCAAAUAUAUUACUAAUUCCUUGCACGUGUAUUAGAAAUGAAUACGUUUAACAAUGCAGACGAGAGAGCGUGAAAUAGAUAAAAUAGUGAAACAUAGAUAGUAAUCCGUGUUGUGUUGUAGUUAUAAAUUUAUAUUUAGUAAAAAGUAUAUCGCCUCAACAGUAAAUUAUUGAAUGGAGCUCAAAAGAGCGCAAUGUAAAUAAAAUAUGUACAUCAAAAAUGCUGAGCAUGGUCUUCUGCAUUAAUAAAACUGUUACUAAUUAAUUAUUAUU